CUUCUACUACACAAGUCUGCACCAUUCUUCUUGUUUAAGCUCUUGUGCCUUUCUACUUGGUUUCACCGUUUGGGUCCGGCCAGUUUUACACAAAACAAACAGUUUCCCCUCUCUUAUAAUCACAUUACACUAGUACCUAAAAUGUCUAGCAGGAGAUCGAGGCAGGGAGCGAAUCAGUCGAGAAUCAGUGAUGACCAAAUCAUUGAACUCGUUUCCAAGUUGAAACAACUCCUUCCUGAGAUCCGCAGCAGCCGGUCUAAUAAGGUAUCAGCGCCAAAGGUUCUGCAGGAGACCUGCAACUACAUAAUGGACUUGCACAAAGAGGUGGAUGACUUGAGCGAGCGGCUUUCACAGCUAUUGAGCACCAUAGAUACCGACAGCCCGGAAGCUUCCAUCAUCAGGAGCUUAAUUAUGUAAUGGAACAAUUAAGCAUCAUCAACUACAUAGAUUGUCUAAUUAUCAAAACUAGAUCUUCUAGCGGUCGAUCAGUUUCUUAUAUAUUUUAUAUAAAUUAAUCACUAGGGUUUGUUUGUUGGAUCACUACUAUAUAUAGCUAGCUAGCCAGUGAAGCCAUCAAGUAUUAAGGGUUAAGAUGAGCUUAAGUUAUAUAUAGCAUGCUUUUGCUGUAGAGGAGCUGCUAGAUACUUGUAAAGCAGCCUUCUUUUAUGAAGCUUUCGAUUAAGUUUAUUUA